GUUCUGUGAUUUGAUAUUAUUAGCUUGCUAGGACUUUAUAGCUGAACAUGAAGUUUAUCCGAUUGAUAGAUUAUUUUUCUAAAAUAGUAGCCAACUUUUGCUAGUCAUUCUUAUUGGAUUUGUUUAGAAUUUUCACGAGUUUUCAAAGUGAAAAUUUUGAAAAAUAUACCGCUAAAAAUUAUUGUGUAAAAACAGCACUACCUUUAAAAAAACUGCAUACAAAAUACCAGAUUAAAUUGUUAAACAAAUUCCAAGUCCCCAAUCUAUCAAAAAAAGUUUCCUUGCCAGGUAAAAAAGAGUUUAAAUAAAGGGGCUUAAGUGGGCUAAGUUCGUUUUUUCAUCGGUAUGGCACGCUGAAAAGGCGCCAUUCUUAAGAAGCGUCCCUCCAUUUUUUUUAAACUCCUAAAUAAUUACUGCUCGACGUCAUAAUGCAGCGCCACAGGGAAUUAUAUAAACAGCAAUCACUUGCUUUUAGCCCACGCAAUUUCAAUGAGCAGAACCGGGAACUCCAGAAUGCGGCGCGUGCAAAACAGCGCGAGGAUCGUUUUCAAAGCAACCGCAUUAUUAGUGUUAGUCCAACUCCCGUCAAGCGUGCGGCACCUAUACCGCCCUCAGAGGAGGCGCAGCCACGCCUUACCUAUGUCGCUCCUCCUAAGGAGAAUCGAAAACCAGAGCUGCCUCAGCAGCAGAGGAACCCCACCCGGGACCUUUACAUAAAGCGCUUCGUGGAUUGGAAGGCUGCCAGAAAGGAACAAACAAAGAACGAGCAAAUUGCUCGUCGUGGUCAAAAGAUGUUCACAUAUAAAACCGAAACACUUAAACCUGCGACAAACCCCCAGAAAGAGCAGGAGAACGCUCCGGCAUUUGUGCCGCCAAAAAGGCACUCCUUAUAUGUUUUGGCAAAAAAAAACUCAGUGUACGCAGACGGCAGCGGAGAGGAAACAGCGUUUUGCAACCCAAUUGCGUACCCAGGGUCAUCCAUCCAGAUUGCGCGCUCAGCCUGCGGCAACCAUGGCAAAGCUGCAACAUGCAACGUCGCGUCCUCAGCCGGUCACUGUGAAGACCCAAACAUCAAACAUGAAACAUCAAACAUCAGCAAGGAAUGUCCAGCCAGCCACAGUGAAGCCUGCACCUUCACGUGCAUUGCCCUUGAAGCCUACAGCAGGCCCAAAGCCCAAGGCAGCAGAUUUGGUCGUUGGACCUUCUGCAAAUGGGGUUGUUCAUUUGCCAAAUGUGAGGACGCAACCAUUCGAAAAGCCGGCCGUGAGUAAGCCCACCUUAAAAAUACCAGCAGUAAAACCAAAGCCCAUUCAAGGAGGCGGCGGAGGGGAGCUGCGGGAAAAUUUAAGUCGACCGCAGUAGCAAAAGGGCCGGCAAUA